AUGGCGCAUAACUAUGGAACUUUUUCAGGCUAUGUAGAUCCCCAACCGUAUCCAAAUAACAAUUGUGAUCACCAACUAAUGGAUGCUGAGUUCCAGACGAACGAAAGCCUUCAAAACUCGUUUUCUGGCGUGAAUAAUUCUGGAUUCGGUCCUGGCGAUCCAAACGUACUGUUUAACCAAAUGGCAAGCAAUAGCACCUUGGCCCCGGACCCAGAUCAGAUGAACCAUACUGCGACGCAGGGGCAACAAAACCCUACUGGCGGGGGAACGACUAGCCAAACAUCAACCACGACGAGUUCAGCAAAUGCGCGUCCAUUCAAGAAGCGGAAGCCUCGUAAGAAAAAAUCAGACAUCCCAGCACAAGUUUCUGAAAAUUCGACAUCGAACGAGGGUCGCGAGGGUCGCAACCCAACCACCAAUACCACUGCAUCAGACCCCCACCCUUCUAGUAACCGUCCACGCGGAGAAGCUACCACAUUUCAAAAUGAAGAUAACCCAAACCUUUCAGUCUCUCGCAACCGACCAUCUCUCCCAAACAAUCUGAUGAGUAGCCUGCAGAAUGAAACUCUCCUUGGACUUCGAAUCGCUCAGAACACCGUUGGUCAAAACAAACGAAUCACCAAUCAAAUUAAAGAUCAGCUCAAAGAAAUCACCUUAGAAUAUCAACGCAAGAUUCACCUUCUAGCUUUAGAGCAUAAGAUCCGAUCAGAGCUUCUUUUCAAAUGGGUGGGUGUGUGGAACAAGGUCCGAGGCCCCAACAGGUUCAAUAACUUCUGCCGGUACGCUGCAGAAGCUCGAAAACUUUUUGAUUCAAAGCUGCUACCCCCUGCUGAGAGAAUGCAACAGGUUGCUGAACGAUGGAGGCAACUUGACGAGGAUGAACAAUUGAAGUAUAACGACUGGGAUUUCAUCAACUCACUUCGUGAAAAAAUGGGACUGAAACCUGUCGAGGAUCCUGAAGAGAUUGAGGAUGAGGAUCAAGAGCAGGCAAGGGAGCUGGAACAAGACACUACAGGUGGGCCAAAGAAGACCGAUGCACAAGUUCUUUCUCAUUGUAAAGCUUGGGCUAAGAAGGCAGUCACCGAUAUGAAUUUUUUCAGCACACAGUACUCAGUUGAAUCAUUUUUGGUUCUUGCAUCAACCAAUAUCAACGGGCGUGUCUUCAUCACCGGCUCAAGUUUUCUUGGUGCAGAUUACAUGCAACUUCUCAGCACCAAGGCUAAGAAGGGCAUGAUUUCUUCAGAAUUGGCAAGAACCUACAAUUAA